AUGAACUCUAUGGUCGCUCGGCUGCAGCCGGAAGCGUUUGAAUAGCGGAGCGGUUUCGGGGAGCAAGAAAGGCUAGUGGUGCUGGUGUUGGUGGGGAGCUUUCAGGCUCGCUGGGGUAUCUCCGGGGCAAAGGGAGCCCUGCAGCUGCAGUCCGGAGCGCUGCCCGGCGUGACUGCCGGGCCGGCUCGGUGUCUCUGUCGUGUUUCUGUCUCGCCACGGCACAGCUGCAGCUCAGAGCGCCGUUUGUCCCCCCUCCCCGCUGUGGAGGUCCGGCAGGGUCCGGGGACCGGGGUUCGAGGAGCUGCAGUCUGACGGGGUCCAGGGUUCGAGGAGCUGCAGUCUGACGGGGUCCAGGGUUCGAAGAGCUGCAGUCUGACGGGGUCCAGGGUUCGAGGAGGCGAUGGCGUCAGGCCAGGUGCAGUUCGGCAGGAAGCGCGCUGUGCCGGGGUGCCCGAACCCGCUGUUCCUGCGCUGGCUGACAGAGCUGCGCGACUCUGCGGCGGAGAAGGGGCAGCGCACGCAGUUCACCUACCAGAAGGCCAUCGGCUCCCUGAGGAAGUACCCCCUCCCUCUGAGGAACGGCAGGGAGGCCAAGAUCCUGCAGCACUUCGGAGACGGGAUCUGCCGGAUCCUGGACGAGCGCCUGGAGCAGUACUACUCCGAGCACGGUCCGGACGCCCCCAUCCACUCUCUCCCGGAGGAUGACGCGCCCCCCCCGCGACGCAACAGGAGCGCAGAGCCCCCCCCGGAGCGCCCCCAGGCGUCUCCCAGGAAGCGGAGGCAGCCAGCGGGUGGAGGGGGGAGGAGGGCCAGGGAGUACGUCCCGCAGAAGGGCUCUGGAGGAUACGCAGUGCUGGUGGCUCUGUACCGGCACAGCCAGGCUGCAGGCAGCUGCGGUUUCCUGCUGAAGUCGGAGCUGCAGAGGGAGGCCCAGCCUUUGUGUGACAAGUCCUUCACUCUGCCGGAACCAGGCAGCAAGUACACAGCCUGGUCAUCGGUCAGCACACUGAUCCAGAAAGACCUGCUGCUCAAGACACACUCUCCAGCCAGGUACUCCCUGACUGAGAAGGGCAGGGAGCUGGCAGAGAGGCUGGAGAAGCGGGGAUCCCCCCUGAAAGAUGGGGCGCAGGGGUCCCAGACAGUGGACCUGACGGAGGAGGAAGAGGAGGAGGGCGAGGAAGAGCCGCAGCCGGGGGAGACACGAACUGAGUGCAGUGAGGAGGAGCCUGCGGUUGCCCUGCCGGCCCGGACAGGGGCAGAGGAUCCUGGGCUCUCCGGCGCAGGAAACAGCCAGGCCUCGGGGAGCUCGAAGGCCUCGUGGGGUGGGAGCAGUGACCCCACGCCGGAGGUCACACUGCUGCCCGGGACCUUCGAGAUCCUGCUGUGUGUGGACUUCAUCGAGACCACGGGCGGCUCCAGCGCCCGGAAGCAGGAGUUGGUGUUGGAGCUGCGCAGGAACGGGGUGCAGUUUGAUGUCCGGAAGCUCCACGUGGGCGACUUCCUGUGGGUGGCCAGGCAGAGGGUGGACUUUGUGCCAGCUGCGCGCCCCCCCAGCACGAGAGCUGGUGCUGGAUUACAUCGUGGAGCGGAAGAGAAUGGACGACUUGUGUGGGAGCAUCAUCGACGGCCGCUUCCGGGAGCAGAAGUUCCGGCUCAAGCGCUGUGGGCUGAGGAAGCCGAUAUACCUGGUGGAGAAUUAUCGAUCUGCAACUCACCUGAGCCUCCCAGAGAGCACUCUGAGCCAGGCCAUCGUCAACACACAGGUUGUGGAUGGGUUUUUCGUCAAGCGCACGCAGGAUGUCCGAGAGUCUGCUGCCUACCUCACGGUCAUGACCCGGUUCUUGCAGAGGAUCUACGCGAACCGCACCCUGCAGAGUCGCUCCGGGGACGAGGACUGGGGUGUCCUGCCCCCACAGCCCCCCCCCUCGCCGACACCCCCCUGCUCUCUUCUCACCUUCACCGACUUCAACCAGGGAGCUGUGAAGAACAAGGCUCAGACGGUGAAGGAAGUCUUUGCUCGACAGCUAAUGCAGAUCAGUGGCAUCUCUGGAGACAAGGCUGCAGCAGUUCUCGAGCAGUACAGCACUGUGAGCAGUCUGCUGCAGGCCUACGACAGCUGCACCACCGAGCAGGAGAGGGAGAGACUGCUGUCCUCCGUCCGAUACGGCAAACUGCACAGGAAUCUGGGCCCCGUGCUGAGCCGCACAGUGUGCCAGCUGUACUGCACGCCCGGGCCCCUGCCCUAGAGGGGCUGGAGGUCCCCGGGGAGAGAUGGACACUCGGCACCGCCAGGAGGCCUGGGCAGGGGGGUGGGCGCUCCUCUGCCCCCCGUCCCGCCAGCCGGAGGCAGGAGGGCAGCUCAGGAGCCACAGCCAUGGCUCUGCCAGCGGAGGAGGAGGAGGAGGAGGAGGGAGGGGCGACCUCCGCCCUCUGACCCCCCCACCCGUAGGAACUGUAGGACAGAAUCAUGGGGUCUCUUCUGGACAGUUUUGUGCUUCCUGUGCCGGAAAGAAUAAAGAUGUUUCCUGUCA